UAUAAUAGGAAGAUUAGUUCCCGUUUCCUGUUCUACGUUUUCUUCGUCCCCCUAGGGCUUUCCCAUUAAUUUCCCCCUUCUCCAUUCCUUCAGGGGACAUCUUUGUUAUGUAAUUCUCAAUCUUGAACUCAGAUUUCAAACGCUGGGAAAGGCUUCAAUCCAAUCACCGGCGUUUCUCCGAUUUCUCCUUGACAUUUCCAUGGCCGCCAUGUUCUAGGUGGUGAAAUUUGGUUUUUGAUUUCUUUACUUUCUAUGCUCUGAAGGGUUUAUGAGCAAUUCGUGAAUUAUUGUUUCUGGGGGUGUGGAUUCCACAUUCUUAAUUUGUAUUGGGUUAAGGGGAAUCUAGGGUUUUCGAAUUGGGGGCUUCUGUCAGGAGGUAGCUGGUUUCAGCUAGUUCGCUGUUAAUUUAUUUUUUGAAAUUUUAAUUUGGUGCUAGUCAGAUGCGUAAUAAAUUCGAAUCAAGAACUGGGUGAUCGGCGCUCGGUGGCGAGCGACUCGUCGAUUUGAGGGUUUGGGUUUUUGUAUGGAAACUCGGAGCAGAAAGCGGGCGGAGGCCUCCUCAGCAGCCCCUUCUUCUUCGUCUUCUGGUCCUACUACUCGUUCUACCAAGCGCGCUCGUCUCUCUGGUACUUCCUCAUUGAAUCUUGCUGCACCUACUCUUUCGAUCUCAACGCGUUCUCGCUCUACUCGAACCCAAGAACCGUCUGCCACCAGUACUCCAAUGGACUCCACCAAUGAAUCAUCGGGGUCACGCCGUCGAGGGAAGAACUCUGAUAAAGAAAAUUCGGAUAAGGGAAAGGAGAAAGAACACGAGGUUAGAAUUGGGGAUAGAGAAAAAAAUGCGGAGCAAAGCUUUGGGCUUAAUAUUGAAGGCAGUGGCGGUGGAGAGGAUGACGAUAACGACAGUGAAGGAGGGAUGGGAGUCUUGCAGCAUAAUUUAUCCACGGCAAGUAGCGCCCUUCAAGGACUUUUGAGGAAACUCGGUGCUGGACUGGAUGAUUUACUUCCUUCUUCUGCAAUUGCAUCGGCUUCUUCCUCACAGCAGAGAGGACGGCUUAAGAAGAUCUUGUCUGGGUUGAGAGCGGAUGGAGAAGAAGGGAGGCAAGUUGAGGCAUUGACACAACUUUGUGAGAUGCUCUCAAUCGGCACCGAGGAAUCUCUAAGUACCUUCUCUGUAGAUUCCUUUGUCCCUGUCCUUGUCGGGUUACUUAAUCACGAAAGCAAUCCAGAUAUAAUGCUUCUAGCGGCCAGGGCACUAACCCAUCUGUGUGAUGUCCUGCCUUCAUCAUGUGCUGCUGUCGUUCAUUAUGGUGCUGUUUCCUGCUUCUGUGCGAGAUUGCUAACUAUAGAAUACAUGGACUUAGCUGAACAGUCCCUGCAAGCUUUGAAGAAGAUAUCCCAGGAACACCCUACUGCCUGCCUGCGUGCUGGUGCUCUUAUGGCUGUGCUUUCAUAUUUAGAUUUCUUCUCCACAGGAGUUCAGCGAGUCGCAUUGUCAACUGCUGCUAAUAUGUGCAAGAAGCUUCCUUCAGAUGCAGCCGACUUUGUGAUGGAAGCUGUUCCCCUGCUAACCAACCUUCUUCAGUAUCAUGAUGCAAAGGUGUUGGAGCAUGCUUCUGUUUGUUUGACUCGUAUUGCUGAGGCCUUUGCAUCAUCUCCAGAUAAAUUAGAUGAACUAUGUAAUCAUGGACUUGUUACGCAAGCUGCCUCACUUAUUUCCACUAGUAGCACCGGAGGUGGACAGUCAAGUCUCAGCUCAGCUACUUAUACUGGAUUAAUCCGACUUCUUUCCACUUGUGCAAGUGGGUCUGCCUUAGGUGCAAAAACUUUGCUGCUUCUUGGGAUCAGUGGGAUUCUUAAAGAUAUACUGUCUGGUUCUGGUGUGUCUACCAAUUCACCUGCAUUAAAUAGACCACAAGAGCAGAUUUUUGAGAUAGUCAACUUGGCAAAUGAGCUUCUACCCCCUCUGCCUCAAGGAACCAUUACUUUUCCGCCCAACUUUAAUUCGUUUGUGAAAGGACCUGUCGUCAAGAAGCCUUCUACUAGUGGUUCUGUGAAAGAUGAAGAUCCAACUGCUGGUGCCCCUGAGGUUUCAGCUCGUGAGAAACUCUUAAAGGAUCAGCCCGAGCUCCUACAUCAGUUUGGAAUGGAUCUCCUUCCUAUUUUAAUACAGAUCUAUGGGUCCAGUGUGAAUGGUCCAGUACGUCAUAAAUGUCUCUCAGGAAUUGGAAAAUUGAUGUAUUUCAGCACUCCAGAGAUGAUACAAUCGCUAUUGAAUGUGACUAAUAUAGCAAGUUUUCUAGCUGGUGUUUUGGCGUGGAAAGAUCCACACAUAUUGAUUCCUGCUCUCCAAAUUGCUGAGAUUCUUAUGGAAAAGCUUCCUGAAACAUUUUCCAAGAUGUUUCUUCGAGAGGGUGUUGUUUAUGCUGUUGACCAGCUUAUCUUAGCCGAUAACCAAAAUUCUGCUUCCCAAGCUGCUUCCGUUGAGAAGAAUAACAACUCUGCAUCUGGAACUUCAUCACGCACUCGACGUUAUAGAAGGCGCAGUGGAAAUAUGAAUCUGGAUGGAAGUUCACUGGAUGAAAACAAGAAUCCUGUUUCUGGUAGUGGUGUUCCACAGGGUUCAGUGGAGGCUCCAUCAGUUAAUUCUAAUCUCCGAACUGCUGUGAGUGCCUAUGCCAAUGCUUUUAAAACCAAGUACUUCCCUUUAGAUCCGGGAGAUGUUGAAGUUGGAGUUACGGAUGAUCUCUUACGUCUGAAAAAUCUGUGUGUCAAGUUGAGUACUGGUAUUGAUGAUCAGAAGACUAAAUCAAAAGGGAAGUCAAAAGCUUCAGGGUCUCGCCAAGAUGAUAUUAUUACUAAUAAGGAAGAGUGUUUAACUGGUGUAAUAUCUGAAAUGCUAAUUGAAUUGGGAAAAGAUGAUGGUGUUUCCACAUUUGAAUUUAUUGGUAGUGGCGUUGUUGGAGUUCUGCUUAACUACUUUUCCUGUGGAUACUUCUCUAAAGGAAGAAUUUCGGAAGCUGAGUUGCCCAAGCUUCGGCGACAAGUACUUAAAAGAUUUAAAUCAUUUAUUUCUGUUGCCCUUCCUACAAGCAUUAAUGUGGGAACAGUAGCUCCUAUGACAGUCUUAGUUCAAAAGCUACAGAGUGCUUUGUCCUCUUUGGAGCGUUUUCCCGUUGUCUUGAGCCAUUCUUCUAGAUCAUCCAAUGGUAGUGCACGUCUUUCCUCUGGGCUAAGUGUAUUAUCUCAGCCAUUUAAGUUACGACUGUGUCGAGCCCAAGGAGAAAAAUCACUUCGUGAUUAUUCAUCAAAUAUUGUUCUGAUUGAUCCAUUGGCAAGUUUAGCAGCUGUAGAAGAAUUUCUGUGGCCUAGAGUUCAGAGAAGUGAAUCUGGUCAAAAACCUUCAGCAUCAUCUGCUGCAAACUCGGAUUCAGGAACAACCCCGACAGGAACUGUUGCUUCAACUCCUAGUUCAACCACUCGCCGAACUGUUGCUUCAACUCCUAGUUCAACCACUCGCCGUUACCCUACUAGGCACAGAUGGUCGAUGACUAUUGGAGAAAGAGCAGGGAAGGAAUCUUCACAGGAGAAAAACACUUCAAAGGGGAAGGGGAAAGCUAUUCUAAAGCCUGCUUGGGAGGAGAAGAGAGGCCUACAAACUAGAAAUUCUACCCGUAGAAGAUCAGCUGUGAACAAGGAUGCCCAAAUGAAGCCUGCAAAUGGAGAGACCACUUCUGAGGAUGAAGAAUUGGACCUGUCCUCCAUCCAGAUUGAUGAUUCUUUAGUGAUUGAGGAUGAUGAUAUUUCUGAUGAUGAAGAUGAUGACCAAGAUGAUGUGCUGCAGGAUGACUCUCUUCCUGUUUGUAUGCCUGAAAAGGUGCAUGAUGUCAAAUUGGGUGACGCAGUUGAAGAUGGUGAUGCUGGUCCAGCUACAAGUGAUAGCCAGAUUCAUUCAGCUUUUGGCUCUGUCAGUAGAGCGGCUGCAGUCAGGGGUUCAAGGGGAGGUAUUUCAAAUUCAGAGGGUUCAAGGGGAGGUAUGUCAUUUGCUGCUGCUGCUAUGGCUGGGCUUGGAUCAGCUAAUGGCAGGGCUUUCCAUGGAAGUCGGGAUCAACAGGGACGUCCUCUCUUUGGUGGCUCCAAUGAUGACCCAAAAUUAGUCUUUUCUUCUGGUGAGAAGCAGCUUGAUAGACAUUUGACAAUAUACCAAGCUGUUCAACGGCAGCUUGUAUUGAACGAGGAUGAUGAUGAGAGGUUUGCUGGUACUGGCAGUGACUUCUUAUCUAAUGAUGGGAGCGGUUUAUGGGGUGAUAUAUAUACCAUCACAUAUCAGAGGUCAGAUAAUCAAUGCGAGAGGGCUUUAGCUGGGGAAUCAAGCUCCUCUAAAUCUAAAUCUACCAAAUGUGUAUCAACUUCCAGUUCAAAUUCAGAGUCUCAGUUCCAUCAAAUGUCACUUCUAGACAGUAUUUUACAAGGAAAACUUCCAUGUGAUUUGGACAAAUCUAAUCCUACAUAUGAUAUAUUAUCUUUACUGCAUGUACUGGAGGGAUUGAAUCAGCUUGCUCCACGCUUAAGGGCACAAAUAGUCUCUGAUCAUUUUGCAGAGGGAAAGAUCUCUACACUUAAUGAGUUGGGUGGAAUUGGUGGAAAGGUUCCUCAUGAGGAAUUCAUCAAUAGUAAGCUUACUCCCAAAUUGGCUCGACAAAUUCAGGAUGCUCUUGCAUUAUGCAGUGGGAGCCUCCCUUCGUGGUGUUACCAAUUGACUAAGGCAUGUCCAUUCUUGUUUCCUUUUGAGACCCGGCGACAGUAUUUCUUUUCAACUGCAUUUGGGCUGUCACGUGCAUUAUAUCGUCUACAUCAGCAACAAGGAGCUGAUGGUCAAGGAACAGUAAAUGAGCGAGAGGUAAGGGUUGGAAGAUUGCAGCGCCAAAAAGUUCGUGUCUCACGUAAUCGAAUAUUGGAUUCUGCUGCAAAAGUUAUGGAGAUGUAUUCUAGCCAAAAGGCCGUCCUUGAAGUAGAAUAUUUUGGCGAAGUGGGAACUGGAUUAGGUCCUACCCUUGAAUUCUACACACUUUUAAGUCAUGAGUUGCAGAGGGCUGGACUUGGGAUGUGGAGGUCUAAUUCUUUACAAGAGUCGAUCGAAAGUAGUGAAGAUGAGCAGCUUGGAAAGGCUAAAGAUGCCAAUACUGAUAUCAUCCAAUCUCCUCUUGGGUUAUUCCCACGACCUUGGCCACCAAAUGCCAAUUCUUCCGAGGGCAGCCAAUUUUCGAAGGUUAUUGAAUAUUUCCGGCUUGUUGGUCGUGCGAUGGCCAAAGGUCUGCAAGAUGGAAGACUAUUGGAUCUACCACUCUCAACAGCAUUUUAUAAGCUUGUUCUUGGUCAAGAUCUUGAUUUACAUGAUGUCCUCUCAUUUGACCCUGAGCUAGGGAAGAAUUUACAAGAAUUGCAGGCUCUUGUUCGUCGGAAACAUCUUUUAGAAUCGACCAAUGGUGAUAAUGAAAAUACAAUUUCCAACUUGUCCUUCCGCGGGGUUGCAGUAGAAGAUCUCUCCUUGGAUUUUACACUACCUGGUUAUCCGGACUAUGUUUUGAAGCCAGGAGAUGAAACUGUUAAUAUUCACAACUUGGAGGAAUACAUAUCCCUUGUAUUAGAUGCCACUGUUAAGACUGGCAUAAUGCGACAAAUGGAAGCAUUUACUGCAGGAUUCAAUCAGGUUUUUGACAUAUCGGCAUUACGCAUAUUUAUUCCCCACGAGUUGGACCAUUUGCUAUGUGGUCGUAGAGAAUUGUGGAAGGCUGACACUCUUGCCGAUCAUAUUAAAUUCGAUCAUGGAUACACCGCCAAGAGUCCUGCAAUAGUCAAUUUUCUCGAGAUUAUGGGCGAAUUCACACCAGAGCAGCAGCGAGCUUUCUGCCAGUUCGUAACAGGUGCACCUAGGCUUCCACCAGGAGGCCUUGCAGUGUUGAACCCAAAAUUGACUAUUGUGAGAAAGCACUCGUCAACAGCGACUAAUGCAGCCACCGGCGGGGUAGGGGCUUCCGAAUCAGCAGAUGACGAUUUGCCUAGUGUUAUGACGUGCGCCAAUUACCUUAAGCUUCCUCCAUACUCAACCAAGGAAAUAAUGUACAAGAAACUAAUCUACGCGAUCAACGAGGGGCAGGGAUCUUUCGAUUUGUCAUGAGUUCUUGGGACUAACCACAACUUGUGUAUACUAUUAACAUGGAAUACUCGGGCCAACGGAUCGUGUUUGUCUGCAAUAGUUUUGGCAGCGGGUGUCAAGAGAGAGCAGUUCUUCUUUUCCUUUGCUUUUGGAGUUGUACAUUCAUAUUUUGACCAUUGUGUUGUUUAUUGUGCUCUCUUUCAUAGGGGGAGGAGCAAUUGGCCAGAUUUUCAGGAAAACAAGGUAGAGGGAGUUUUUGAACUACUUUUUGUGUCAGUUCCAAGGUUUAGGAUAUUAUGUAAAUAAGUAGGAACUGUUGGAUUCCCUCUUCACCUGGGUGGUGGUGGUGGUGGUGGUGGUGGUGGUGUUUGGUUAUAUUGGCUGUAAACAUGCAUCUCAUAAAAUAUGAUUGGAAGGGGAAAUAAUCAAAAUUCAAUAUUCAUUGCA